CCUGCAGGGCCCUUGGGGACAAAUAGGACGCAGUGCUCAGCCGAGCCAUGCUUGGGGCCAGGCCAGCUAGGUGAAAGGAGUGUGAGUGCUGGAUCACACAGCACCUGAAGCUGUGAUACCUUUGGUUUAUCUGAAUUAUAAAAAGAAGUUUUAAAAUAAUCUCUCUGGAAGAGCCCUAAAGAGACCACUCUGGGGUGGGGAGGGGGGUUACCUGGCAGGCUCUAGUUUUUUUCCUCUAAUGCCAAGAGAAUUAGAACCCCAGCCUCGUGGCCUUGCUUCCUGGCCAAGCCAUUUGGACACUCACCCUCCUGCCUUUCACCCUUGCCGGACACCCGCACCACGGGGUGAAAGAUUAUUUCCAGUUGGUUGGCUUCCAGGUAGAGCAUGCUUGGACAGCAACUUGAUUUCAAACCAGCCCAUUGCAGAGAAGCCCACACGAAACAUUGACCUUGGCUACCGCGGCCGAGGCAGUUUGGCCAAAGUGAUGAGGGUGCUGGUCCAGUCAUGCCCACUGUGGAUGACAUUCUGGAGCAGGUUGGGGAGUUCGGCUGGUUCCAGAAGCAAGUCUUCCUGACCCUAUGCCUGCUGUCAGCUGCCUUUGCCCCCAUCUACGUGGGCAUCGUCUUCCUGGCCUUCACCCCGGAUCACCGCUGCCUGAGCCCUGGGGUGGCCGAGCUGAGCCGGAGAUGCGGCUGGAGCCUGGCAGAGGAGCUGAACUACACAGCGCCGGGCCCGGGGGCCGCGGGCGAGGCGUCCCCUCACCAGUGCCGCCGCUACGAGGUGGACUGGAACCAGAGCGCCCUCAGCUGCGCGGACCCCCUGGCCGGCCUGGCGGCCAACAGGAGCCACCUGCCGCUGGGCCCCUGUCGGCACGGCUGGGUGUACGAAACGCCCGGCUCGUCCAUCGUGACCGAGUUCAACCUGGUAUGUGAUGACUCUUGGAAGGUGGACCUCUUUCAGUCCUGCGUGAACGUGGGCUUCUUCCUGGGCUCUCUGGGUGUCGGCUACAUUGCAGACAGGUUCGGCCGCAAGUUAUGUCUCCUGGCCACCACCCUCACCAGUGCCGUCUUGGGCGUCCUCACGGCCGUGGCGCCAGACUACACGUCCCUGCUGCUGUUCCGCCUGCUACAGGGGCUGGUCAGCAAGGGCAGCUGGACGUCCGGUUACAUCCUGAUCACAGAAUUCAUGGGCUUGGGCCACAGGCGAACCGUGGCGAUCCUCUACCAGGCGGCCUUCACGGUGGGGCUCGUGCUGCUCUCGGGAGUGGCCUACGCCAUCCCUCACUGGCGGUGGCUGCAGCUGGCCAUCUCUCUGCCCACCUUCCUCUUCCUGUUCUACUACUGGUGUGUGCCCGAGUCUCCCCGCUGGCUGCUGUCACAGAAGAGAAACGCUCAAGUGAUGAAGAUAAUGGGCCACAUCGCCCGCAAGAAUGGGAAGCUGCCACUUGUUGAUCUGAAGAUGCUCUCGCUCGAAGAGGACGUCACCGAGAAGCUGAGCCCCUCCUUUGCAGACCUGUUCCGCACGCCACAGCUGAGGAAACACACCUUUAUUCUGAUGUACCUGUGGUUCACCAGCUCUGUGCUCUACCAGGGCCUCAUCAUGCACGUGGGCGCCACGGGUGCGAACCUCUACCUGGAUUUCUUGUACUCGGCUCUGGUUGAAUUCCCGGCGGCCUUCAUCAUCCUCGUCACCAUUGACCACUGCGGCCUCAUCCGCCCGUUGGCCCUGUCAAACCUGGUGGCGGGGGCAGCCUGCUUCGCCAUGAUUUUUAUCUCACACGAUCUGCACUGGCUAAACAUCACAGUAGCUUGCGUCGGCCGAAUGGGAAUCACCAUCGUGUUCCAAAUCGUGUGCCUGGUGAAUGCCGAGCUGUAUCCCACGUUCGUCAGGAACCUUGGAGUGAUGGUGUGCUCCUCCCUGUGUGAUCUGGGCGGGAUCAUCACCCCCUUCCUGGUCUUCAGGCUGAUGGAGGUUUGGCGAGGCUCGCCCCUCAUUUUGUUUGCGAUAUUGGGCCUGGUUGCCGGGGGGGUGACGCUGCUUCUUCCUGAGACCAAAGGGGUCACUUUGCCAGAGACCAUCGAGGAUGCAGAGAACCUUGGGAGGAUAGCAAAGCCCAAAGAAAACACGAUUUACCUUCAGACCCAAACAGCAGAACGUGCAGGCACGUGAGAGAGAUGCUUCGCUGAGAUCAAAGAUGGGGUUUGCAUCCGAAGAAACGCUUAGAAGCCCUUACUUUUCUGUGCUCUUCCUCACUUACCUGCCCCUAAACCAAUAUUCUGAACAAUACCAAAUAUGCCUCGUUUUACUU